AGCAAUAACAAACAAACCUACAGUAGCAGCAAGCUAACGCAACUUUGGUAAACCGAGCAAACGGGCAGAGUUUCGUCUUCACAGCAGAUACACUUAGUAUCAGUUUAUCCUAAAAACUUUGUAUGAUAGGAUGUACUCGGGCUUUAAAUGAGACAUAUAGUAAUCUGUCACGGACCCGACUUUAACGUAACUGUUAACGUUAUCUAACAUCUGCUAACACUAGCCAGCUAACGUUAAUCCUUUCUCUGUUGGUCGUUUUCUUGAAGAAUUACCGGUUGUCGAGAAAGUAGCUAGUUUAGACAUUGUGAAGAAAACCGAAGUUUAUCGUUUUUACACGGUGACAUGUGAGAAAACCAAGGGAAGACAGCUGGGAUAACCUGAACGGUGCCGAUAUUAGCAGGAUACUAAGUGCAACUGUAACUGACCAAGGAUGGUGCACCUCAGUGUGUGGUGCAUGGGAGCUCGACUGAGUAUCCCUAUACUGGUUUUCUGCAGUAUACUGGCUCCAUCACCCACACAUGCCUAUAUCUAUGCUCAUCACAGCAAUAUGACCUCCAUGUUGUUUGAAGACCUACCUGCCUUGUUUGGAUCUCCGCUUCCUAAGGAUGGAUUAAUGGGAGUUUUGGUGGUGUCCCGUCCUCUUAAUGGCUGUACAACAAUAGACCCUCCUCCUCCACUGCCACCGUCUUUCGAUGCCAACACCACCAAAUUCGUAGUUCUUAUCAGACGUUAUGAUUGCAAUUUUGAUAUAAAGGUCUUGCAUGCACAGCAAGCUGGAUACAGCGCUGCGAUCGUUCACAACAUGUAUUCAGAGACUCUGCUCAAUAUGAACUACAGCAAUGACACAAUUGCAGAGGAGAUUGUGAUCCCCUCAGUAUUCACCAGCUUCCACGCCUCCCAAAUGCUCAGGACUUACAUAAUUCCAGAACCAGGAGCCUACGUGAUCCUCAAGCCAGAGUUUUCUUUUCCACUCUCAUACUACUUGAUUCCCUUCACUGGAGUAGUUGGCAUGAUCAUUCUUGUGAUGUGUGUUGUUUUGGUCAUACGAUGUGUACAGUACAGAAAAAGGUUGAGGAAAAAUCGUUUGUCAAAGGAACAACUGAAGCGGAUUCCAACCCACAGGUUCACUAAAGGGGACGACUAUGAUGUGUGUGCAAUCUGUCUGGAUGAGUAUGAAGAAGGAGACAAGCUGCGUGUUUUACCUUGUUCACAUGCUUACCACUGCAAGUGUGUAGACCCGUGGCUCACACAGACCAAGAAGACGUGUCCCGUGUGCAAACAGCGCGUCACUCGGCAAAACCAGGAGCCCUCAGAGUCGGACUCCGAGGAGGAGAGUGGAGGACGCAGGGAGGAAGAAGGAACAGAGGGCGAAGCAGACUCUGAACGCACCCCUCUGCUUCGGCCCUCCAACCCCGGAUCCCCCUCAGGAGCCCAAGGGCCUAUUGCGCCACCACCACAGUGACCACUGCCCAGUGCCUCGCCUCCCCUGCACGCUGCGACUCACCCAUCGUAGGUUAUGAAGGCUACUACUCCCCCCACGAGGAAACAGACUCUGAAAGCGAUGACGCUGGAGAAGACAGGCACCACACUGACGAU